AUGGCGUCCGCAGGGAACAGAAUCCUGUCUUUCUGCAGGGCCUCGAGGUGCUUCUCAACCACUGCCCGCGUGUUCGUUGAUCGAAAUACAAAAGUCAUUUGCCAGGGACUGACUGGCAAUCAGGGGAGCUUUCACAGUGAGCAGGCACUGAACUAUGGCACGCAACUCGUGGGUGGAGUAAAUCCUGCAAAGGGCGGCACCACGUGGACGAGCUCAGACGGCCAGCACAAACUCCCUGUUUUCAAAUCCGUUAAAGAGGCCAAGGAAGCAACGGGAUGCCACGCCUCGGCGAUCUUCGUCCCUCCCCCCCACGCUGCCGCUGCAAUACUUGAGUGUGUGGAGGCUGAACUGGAUCUGGUGGUUUGUAUUACGGAGGGCAUUCCUCAACAUGACAUGGCGAUGGUUAAGAGACGCCUUCGUGGACAAACAAAGACCCGCCUUAUCGGCCCAAAUUGCCCGGGAAUUAUCAAGCCGGGAGAAUGCAAAAUUGGCAUCAUGCCUGGCUAUAUUCACAAGAAGGGAUGCAUAGGCGUCGUGAGCAGGAGUGGAACUCUGACAUACGAGGCCGUCAACCAGACGACUCAAGUCGGCUUGGGCCAAUCAACUUGUGUAGGAAUCGGCGGCGAUCCUUUCAAUGGCACAAGCUUCAUCGACUGCCUCGAGAAAUUUGUUGCAGAUCCAGAGACGAAAGGCAGGUCUAUGCUUGCGGAGCAGCGCAUAGACCUCUCGCGCAUUGUUCUGAUCGGCGAAAUUGGCGGAUCGGCAGAAGAAGAAGCAGCGGAGUGGCUGAAAAAGCACAACUGCGGUAAGCCAGUGGUUUCGUUCAUUGCCGGGAGAAGCGCACCACCUGGGCGUCGCAUGGGCCACGCGGGCGCCAUCGUAAGCGGCAACACCGGAACAGCAGCUGGGAAGGUGGAGGCUCUGCAGGCGGCUGGAGUGGUGGUGGUGGAAAACCCCGCCCGAAUUGGAGAGGCAAUAUACGCGGCGAUGAAGGAGAAGGGGCUCGUGUGA